AGCACAUGAUUCUGAAACAGCCACUUUGCGGUCUGUCUGUCCCCAACACAAACACACGGAAUACAGUGACAGUACAAGAUAAAGUUGAGCAAUGUCGUUACGAGGCGUUUUAAAGAUUAUUCAACGCUCAAAUUUUGGGUUACUGUACUCACUUGCCCCAGCAAGCAGAGUUUGUCUGAAAACAGCAACUACUCACACAAGGCACAGCAGCAGCAGUUCAGAGACCAUCAGCAGGUAUCCAGUGCCAAAAAAGAAGAACCUGCCAUUUGAUAUUGUGGAGCUGAUGGAGGAGGUUGAACAGAAGGUUUGGCAUCACAUUCACAUUAAAGAGUUAGUCCGCCCCAAAUUAAAAGGAGGGUUUUUGCCGAAUGUCUUCAAAGUUCUUGCCCAUCGUCCUGCUGAAUUUCGGGCUUUCUUCUCUUAUUAUAAUGCCCUGAUGAACAAGGAAAGUGGUGGUCUGUCAAAAGCGGAUCGAGAAUUGAUCGUUGUUGCGACCAGUGCUCACAAUCACUGCUUGUAUUGUGUGGUAUCCCACAGUGCGUUGCACCGCAUCUAUUCCAAAAAAACCAUGCUGGCUGAUCAGGUUGCAGUUAAUUACAAGGUUGCAGAGCUGAGCGCCCGUGAGAAAGCCAUGCUGGACUUUGCUCUGACCGUCUGCAGGAGUGAAACAGUAACCGAAGAACAUUUCAGCACCCUGGAGGCUCAUGGUUUUGACCGGGAGGAUAUUUGGGACAUAGCUGCCAUUGCUGCCUUCUUUGCCUUAUCCAACCGCAUGGCCCAUCUGACUGACAUGAGACCGAACGCAGAGUUUUACAACAUGGGGAGAGUGCCGAGAGACAAAGCAAAAGCCUCUGAUGGACAGGUCAAGUAUGAAUAGACCAAAUCCAAUGCCAAAUCCUUUAAAAUUGUCAACUGAUCAUUAAGCUGAUUGUUAAAAUCAGAUGAAAAAAAAACAGUUACGUUAUUUCUCUGUCACUUUCACUUACUUUUGCACAUUCAGCUUUUAAAUUUUAUUAGUUAGAUUGUUUUUGUGUUAGUCUUCACAUGGAGAAAUUCCUCCUUGUGGCCUUUCGUUACUUGAACUUGUUAGUUUUGAUUAUUUAUUAAAAGGGUAGAGAAGAGAGAUAACGGAAAAUCCAGUUGCACAAAUGAAUUCACAAGUCACUGUAAACAUACAGCAGCAAGAAGGGUUAUUAUGAUGAUCUAAAACUAAAACCAUGACAAAACAUUUUUCCAUUUUCAUUAUUUGAAAUAAACAUUACCUGGUAAAAUAUAACAAAUUUUGAAAGAAAGAAAGAAAAAGAAAAAAUAUGUAUAUAUAUAUAUAUAUAAGGCAAUAUUUCUUACCUUCAUUUAGUUUAAUAUUUGAAAAAUAUUUUCAUUUAGGUUAACUUGAGAAAAACUACAACUCACUUUAAAUAUAUAUAUAUAUAUAUAUAUAUAUAUUUUAUAAAGAACAAAAAAUAAUUAAAUUGACAAAAAAAUUACUAACUUAAACUAAAAUUAAAUUGAAAACAAAAAAUAUAUUUAUAAUUUAAUUUUUAUAGUCUAAUACAAAAUAAUAACAAAAAUGCUAAUAGUAUCUUAGUAAUACCAAAAUAACCCUGCUUGUGUUAAAAGUUUGAAUACAUUUUUGGAAAAAAUAAAGAUGGUUGAAGAAUGGCUGUUCUAUGCAAUCAGAUACUCAUCUAAUUUAUAAUUUAGUUAUGUGAACAUCUUUUCACCAUCUAAACCAAUAUUUCUCUUUGCUUCAGUGCUGAGAUGAAGUGUUGAUGUUGAUAUGCAGUGCUUUGUUUUCUCUCAAUAUUCCACUGUUUUCAAAUCCACGGAUUUCAAUAGGUCUUCUGAAGUAAAGCUGGAAGCAUUACUUUUGCAUCUGCUAGGACAGGUCAAAGCCAAACUUAAGUAUAAAAUGUGAAAAAUGUUAGUCUGUUCUUAAGAGAUUAUAAUUUUAGAGGUUAAUGAAUAAUAAACAAUCAAUUUUUAACUUGAUUGUGCUAACCAUUCAUUUGAGUGAUACAAACAUAAACAUUAAGUUAUUUGAAAGUGCACACUAAACACUGUUAAAUUGGAUAUUAAAUGUCAGUCUGUAAGUACUGUGGCGAAACUAUCAAGUGAAAUUUCCAUGAUGUUUACUGAGGGUAUGUUGACUUGGGAAAUAAAAAGCAAUUACAUUUUG